CAGUGACAGAAUUGUCUACAAAAAUGCGACUUAUAAUUCUCGAUCGGGAAAUACCCGAGUUAUUUAUACUACUGAUUUUAUUAAUCAUUUGCCAAGGGAAAAGGCACUUCAAAAACAAUGAUGACUCUUCGCAGGAAAGCAAAUCCACUUUUAUCACAAUCAGACUGCCAGCGAAUGUUGCUACGCGCAAUAAAGAUUGUGUCUAUGAGGGUUCUAUCCGACAUCAUGGUGAUGCCUGGUCCCCAGGCCCCUGCAUUCCAGAGUGUCGAUGCACGCAUGGUCACGUGAAGUGUUCCAAAAUAGAAUGCCCGGAUUUAAAUUGUGACAGGCCCAUCAAGAAAAAGUGGAAAUGCUGCCCAGAGUGCUUACCUUUAAUGGAUAACGGGACCACUUGUGGCGUGUGGAGUAACGGUGGCAACGGCAAUAGUGGUUGUUGUGUGUUUCCAUUCGAAUAUAAUGGCGUCAAGCAUUACACUUGUACUUACUUGGAUCACAACAAGCCAUGGUGCUCCAUCUCCACGAACUUUGACCGGGAUGGAGUCUGGGGAGAGUGCAUAGAUGACGGUGAUACACCCAAGACAUUACGGUUUAAAGAUCACAAAGGAGGGACUCAACAGCAAGACAACAGCACAGAUGCUCUUCUUUCCAACAUCGCGAACAACGUGGCCAACAGCGUCUCGAACGAGAGUGCGAACGUUUCAAACCCUAGCCCUGUCACUCCGGAGUCCAAUGUGACCAUUGUCCCGUCAGAAAGUGCAAGUGCAGCUGCAACAGUCAUCCCAUCUAGUGCACAACCUUCCCAAACCUUAGUAAUACCUGUUGCAUCAGCAAAUGCAACUUCUCCUGCCGCAACUGUCUUGCCAUCUCCUUCUUCGAGUGCUGGAGGCCCUGUACCUCAUGCAAGUUUAAGUAGUGCAGUACAACCAGCCAGCAGUCAGACAGUUCCUAUUAUGGUCAGCAGUGUUCAACCAUCAACUUCCCAAUCAGCGUCACAGGCAGUCCAGAUCUCAGUGAUAGGACAGCCAGGAGCUGUACCAACGCCACCCCUUGGAAUAGGAGGUGCUGCGGCCGGGGCGGCCGGGGCGGCCGGGGCGGCCGGGGCGGCCGGGGUGGCCACACCUCAACUGCCAGGUCUAGCACCACAAGUAACCCAACAGCCGCAACCACAGGUAACGCAACAGCCAACACCUCAGCCCACCCAACAACCAGCACCUACACUUCCCGGACAGCCCAUUCCACAGCCUGGCCAACAACCAGCUGCUCAGCCUGCUCCUGCUCCGGUACCAGGCCAACCACCUGUGGAGGGUGUUACUCCCGGCUCUCCUUUCCCGAUAUCGCAGACAACACUUACUCCAGGAGAGACCCAGGCUGCAGGUAAUGCUCCUGGUGUAGCUGGUCAGGCUGUGCAUGAAUUGACGACAACAGAAGAACACGGAAACCACAACAUCACAACCACUGAGUCUUGGUUUGGCAAACCAAACGAAACUCUCAACAGGACCAACGAGGUAAUGAGUCAAUCUGGAGAAGUUAACCAGGCAUCAUACGGUUACCAAGCAGCCUCGUCUCAGCGUUACGACCAGAACCAGGCUCCCUACAAUGAUCAACCGAGCUAUUCCCAACCGGAUUACGCAUCUUAUUACACACAGAGCAGUCCUCAAGCAGACUCCUUGUCUUACAACUCCCAGAGCAGCCCAGUAAAUAAUUAUCCGUCUUAUAACACACAGUCAUACAAUAGCUAUGACAACACUGCUUACCAGCAAUACGACAGAUCACGGGCUCAAGAUACCAUGGGGCAAGCUAAUUACUAUUCAAAUGAACAACAAUACCAACAGCAGUACGGUGGAGACCCGGGGUCAUACUACACGGGUUAAACAUGAAGUGCUCAGUAGUUUCAAUCACUUUCCGGAAGUCUUUAACAUUACAUCAAGUUUUAUAACUCAUUUUUGUUGAUUUUAUCUUUGUAUCGAGAAGAAAUCCAGCAAAUAUAUUUUGGUUUCUCGAUUUUAAGUUCUAUGAGUUCUCUCUUGUAAACCUUAGAGACCGAGAACGUCGCUCACGUCUUGUUUUGACUCGGGUAAUUGUUGCUAAAAACAACACAGAAUGCUCAGCUUCCAAAGAGAUUUCUCGCUCAACUAUCCGCUGGCGAGUCAAUUACGAGUCAAUUACGAGACAAUGCCAGAAAUGUUUGGUUUGUUAAUAAACAUUAAAUCAACUGA